GAUCAGUCCCAGGUUCUGAUCCAAAAAGUAUCGAAAAUCCGUCGUCAUGUUUAAGCUGAUGGUUAUUUUUAUGCUGGCGAGCCUCGUCACCGUGCAAUGUGGAACCAUCGUGGCGUCUUCCCCCAUCAUCGGCAAGCUCAUUUCCGAGAGUGUCAUCGAGUCCCACGGCAAUAGCGUGGUGCACCCGUCGAAGGUGCCCCUGGCGCUGGGAGCCUCUUCGCCGGUGUUGCUGAAGUACGGGCCGGACGUGGCCCUGGUGCAGCAGGAACCGGUCGUGGUGCAGCCGCUGGUGAAGGCGUCGCUGGUGGCUGAGAAGACAAUCGAGGCUCACGGACACCACGUGGUCCAUCCAGUGGCGGCUAAACCCCUGGCGACCCUAGACUCGCACUUCGCGAUACCCAUAAGCACUCGCGGAUUGGCUUACGCGGCGCCGAUCUAUUACCCGACCUACCCUCAUCAUCAGCUGAUCGCAGAGAAGACCGUGUCCAAUUACGGACAUAGUGUUCACCACGUGUAAUAGUCGUCACCGAACAAAGUGGUAAAGACCUAUCAUUAACUCUGAAGAGUACAAUUAAACAUAACCUUAACUUAUUUUUCUUCUCAUAGUUCUUUUCAAUAGAUAAAUAGAUAGAUAGAAAUGAAUUUAUUAAUCCCCUAAGAACUUCAAUUUUAUACAUCGAACAAUUAAAGUAUUCAAUCACAGUUCUUUUAAAUUAAUUAGAAUCUUAUCAAAAUGAAGAUAGCAGACGUACGCCAUUUUGACGUCAAUGACGUCAUUAGACGUCAUUUUGACGUUUAAUAACGUCAGUUCGCUACUUGGAUCUGUUAUUUGGAAAUGUUUUGACGAAAAAGUUAAUCAAUUGAAUUAUGCUUUCCUUAUCAAUGAGAAAAAUAGAUAAUAAUAUAGGUUCCAGAAAUUUUAAGCACAGAUUAUUGUGCUCUUUGGAGUUAAAGGAUUGUAGCUUUAUCAUCAGUCUUCGGUAUUGCAAUUAUCAUCAUUCCCAAUCACUUGUUCUCGUAAAUUAUUUUCCAAAACUGUCUCGAAUUUGAAUCGAAGCCACAUUGUUCGCGUGAUUCGAGAAACGAAGUCAAAGCCGGCAGUCUUGGCCUGGGAAAGAGGCCGGUGGACUACGUUCAUUGAA